AUGCCGACCGCGCCCACGGCGUCCCCUUUGCAGACAACAACCGCCCCCACCUCCCCCACCAACAUCAAACUCUCCCCCCGCACCACUACAUCUGCACCACACUCUCCAAUCGCAGGCACCGCCUCGCUUGGGUCGUAUCACCGCUUCGCCGCCCCACGUAUCUCGGACACCCGCGGCUCUCUUGCCAACCAACCCGAGGAGGAGGAGGACGAGUUGGACGACGACGACGACUCACCCGCACCGGCCCAAGCACCCACCGCCACCGCUCCGGCCUCUGCUUCUAAUACGACUGCCGCGGCAGAUUCGCCUUACAACCGCAACCUCAACCCUGGCAUGAGCUCGUGGCGCGCAAAGUUUGGAGGUCGUUGGGGAGGUUUCGGCUCUUCCAACGAGCGUGGAGGAGACGAGGACACGCCCGAGUCUGAAGGCGGCCCUGGUCGCCUGGGCACCUCGGAGCCCAACUCUCGCGCCCCGUCGCGUGACGGAUCCGUCGCACCAAAGGACGAGCUCGAGUCAAAUCCCGAUCGCAGCACUCCCACUGUCGACGCGCAGGAGAAUGGCGACUCGAAGCUGCCCAAGCGUCGCGCUCCCCGCCGCUCAGUAGUCAAGAAGAAGGAGGAUGAGGACGAGGAGGGCCCAGCCAAGAAGCGGAGGUCGUUGGCUCCCGUCUCCAACUCGCCUCCCGCCGCCGACCACGCACAGCCUGGCACCUGUCCCGGUGAUGGCCGUUGCAACGGCGCCGGUGGCAAGUCGGCCUGUGAAGGCUGUCCCACGUACAACAACACUAUUGCUGCCCAGGGCGGUGCGUCUACCAACAGCGGCCCCGCCGAGGGUAUCGACCGCCCAUCCAAGCCUUCGCCUGCCCCCGAGAGGCCCGCCGAUCGCCCGAGCCCGUGGGGCCUUGGCCUCAUGGCUGGCCUUGCGAGGUCGUCGUCUGUCAACGACCGUUACCAGCAGCAGCGGCCUCAGCAGCCCCUCACCUCCAACACCACUCCAGCUCAGUCCGGUGGCCCAUCUGGCGCCUCGACUCCUGGUGGCCUGGACACCAAGCCCCAGCCUUCCACUGCGUCCCCCGAGUCUGAUGCGGCAGAGAAGCCUCAGGCUAGUGGCACCCCCGCCGGCAAUGGACUCGCCGCCACGCCUGUCGGUAUGAGCUGCCGCAACUGUGGUACCAGCACCACCCCUCUCUGGCGUCGUGACGAAGAAGGUCGCCCUCAGUGCAACGCAUGCGGUCUCUACCACAAGCUCCAUGGAGUCCCCCGCCCUGUUGCCAUGAAGAAAACUGUUAUCAAGCGCCGCAAGCGUGUGCCAGCAGUUGCAGCUGCCGCCCCCGCCGCCGCCCGUGGCGGUUCGCAGGGUGGCCCUGCGCCUCCGCAACCCGGUGCCCCUAUGCCCGGCCAGCAGCCUGCAAACUACCCGGGCGACGACAAGGCGCGUGCGGCUUACCAAGCCAUCGGCUCGUCACCAUGGGCUCCUGGUGCGCCAUCGUCAGCCGCGGUCCAGCGCGAGCAAGAAGCCCGCCGCAAGGGUGUUCCGCUUAUUAUCCCCACUGCUGGCGCCGGGUCCAACCAAGAGCGCAAGAAGCCCUGGUGGAUCGAAGACCGCCGCGAGCGGGAACGCGAGCGCGACGACAAGGAACGCGAGCACGGGCCAGAGAUCUCUCAUCAGCUCGCUGCCGAGACCCUCUUGUCGAUUGCACCUCAGACCAAGGUUGUGUCGGCCAACACGUCCCCCGACAAGCGCGAGAAGCCGUCCGUCGCUGGAUCGGCCGGCUCACGCAUGGACGUUGACCCCAAGGACGACGAGCCCCGUGGCGUCAAGCGCAAGUCGGCAGAGGACGACCGCCUCCCCAGUGCCCACUCGCUUGGUCUUAUUGGCCUUGCGGGCGAGAAGGAACGCGAGCGCUCGCGUGAGCGCUACUCGCGUUCCCCCUUGGCUCAGACCACCGACGGUCGUGCCGCUGCCCCGGCACCCGUCCCCCACGCCCCGGCAUCGCGUCUCAACGCGUCCACCGGUUCGGCCGCGGCCUCGCCCAGCUACUCGACCGCCAGCCCUCGCUACUCGAUCUACGGCCCCAACCCGCGCGACGCUUCGAGCAUCAUCUCGUCCCCCUGGUCCAACCUUUCGUCGAGCAGGUAUGGUGGAUUUAGCUUUGGCAGGCGCGACCUUGCAACAGGUGCGGCGGCAACAGGCGCUGGUGCUUCGCCGGCGUCUGCUGCCCCCAAGGCCAGCCACCUCUCGCCUCCUCGCCGCGCCUCGCCCGAGCCACCCCGUGACGCCGCUGCUGCGUCGCGCUUCUACAGCGGCCAAGGUGCCAUUGGUGCCAGCGCCUCGUCGGCGUCGCUCGCCAGCUCACAAUAUGGCCACUACAGCAUGGGCCGCCGCGAGCUUGCCGAGCACCGUGAGCAGCUACGCGAGGGCAAGCGCUGGAUCGAGGGCAUGCUCCUCAAGACCGAGAAGCUGUUGGCCAUGGUCGAGACCAAGAUGACCGACACUCCCGCCUCCGCCGCCGCCGCGGCAGCAGCAGCAGCCAAUUCGACCCCGACUCCGGCCGCUACCCCUGCCCCCACUGUCUCGACUCCCACAACCACAGCUUCUUCGAAUGCCCGUCAGACUGAAGACUGGGAGUUUGAGGAGCGCGAGCGGAAACGCCAGGCCGAGUUCCAGCGUCUCGAGGAGGAGGCCCAGCGCGACAGGCAAGAAAAGGAGCGUCGCGACAAGGAACGUUCCUCGCGCACUGGCCCCGCCCCGGCCGCGGCCGCCGCUGCUGCCCAGGUCGAGCGUGAGCGUGAGCAACGCGAGCGCGAGCGCGAACGUGAACGCGACAACCUGCACGGGCUGUACGGCGACCGCGACGCCUUCCGCGGCCGCACCGUGGCGCGCGACAAGGCCGAGGCCGAGCGCAACAACCUCCUGCUGCAGAGCAGGCGUGCCGCCGCCACCUCGCCGCCCAACGGCACGCGUCCCGCCGGUGGUCCUGCCGGUAACGGCACCGCGGCAGAGCGCACACACGAGCGCACCGGUAGCGGAGCGAGCGGCGCCAGCGCCAAGGGUCCCUGGGAGGACUCGGUGUCGCUGCCCAGGCGCACGGCGGGGUCCCUCGGCCGCGGCCUGUGGGCCUUUGACGGCAGGAGCUAG